AUGACCAUGGAGCUGAAGCCGGUCUCACAAGGUUCGAAUGCGACUCAGUCUGAAGUGUACUUUACCUGCCUCUGGCGGAAAAUUCAAACGCGUAAAAAUAAAACUUGGGAAGGCGAUGGGAUCUUAUGCAUCCGAGGGUCUAGUUGUUACAUCAAGUCCCGCGAUGAUGGUUCACAGGUCGCAUCUGGUCAGUGGGCGGCUGACCGUGAAUGUGUCUCGGGCAAGAUUUACAUGAUUGGGGGCAAGGAGGUUGAAAUUGAUCAAUCAAUCUCUCCGCAAGAGGUGGAACAGGAAGGAAAGUCAAGCCAAUGGGAAAACCCAAUUACCCACGCACUUCCGGCCCUUCCUCACGCUGCCAAAACUACUCGGAACGUGGACCUCAAAUUUAAACCUCCGAUGCGCUUUACUGGCUCAACUCGGCCGUCGAACGUAACGCAUGCUGACAAAAGCAAAUAUUUCGCCAAGCCAAAUGCUCCGUCCACCAUGCUCUCCAGCGGGCUCAAGCGGACCAAAGUAGAAUGUCUUGCUCAUGGUGAGAUUGACAAGUUGACGACAGGAAAAGAGCCUAAGCGAUUCAAACCUCUUCUACUCAAAACCUUGCAGAGCGCGCCCCAGACUAAGCCUACCUUGCAGGAGGCACAUCAAGAUCAAACUUUCGUCUGCUUAUAUCGCAAAAUCAAAGCUUCCAAAAACUCGACUUGGGAUGGCGAUGGUAUUCUGUGCUUAGUAGAAUCACAAAGGGGUCCAAUGGCUGUCUUAAAAGACAGUGGAAAUCGUAAAGUCUUGGGAAGCAUGCUGUUGGGACGCAACCCCGGUCUGCAAGACGGUUCGCUUAUCCAGGUGGGAAGUCGAGAAGUUGAGAUUCAGAGGCCAGCUACAGAAUCGGAAUCGUCGGAUUUCAAUAAGAAUUCCCAGGAGAAAGUAGAGGCUGAUUGGACCGAUAUAGUUAAGAACGAGGCUCCCGGUGCCAGUUUCAAAGAUCCCAUGCUUGUCAAACGCCUCAGCCACAAUGGGCCGAAGUUCGAUCCUCAAGCCGAGGGCGCUUUGGUUUUGACAAAACCUAGUAAAGCAUGGCUGUCGAAGCAUGAUCUUCAAAAUGCUGCGGUCAUCGAUGUAGUAGUUGAUCCUUCUAUCGCGCGAUCACUCAGGCCACAUCAAAUCGACGGACUCAAGUUUAUGUAUGAAUGUACCAUGGGGCUUCGCGAAGUCGGUGGUAACGGCUGUAUUCUGGCAGAUGAAAUGGGUUUGGGGAAAAGCAUACAAGCCAUUUCCCUACUUUGGACUCUCUUGAGGCAAAAUCCUAUCUCAGGUCAGGGUCCGGUUAUCAAGCGGGCAAUGAUAGUUUGUCCAGUUACAUUGGUGAAAAACUGGAAGAGGGAGAUACGCAAAUGGCUUGGGAGAAGUCGCUUGAAUGUGUUUACAGCUGAUGGAAAAGCCGACUUUAAGCAAUUUACCUGCAGUCUAUAUUACAACGUUUUGGUAAUCGGAUAUGAGAAGCUGAGAACUCUGUCCAAAGAAGUUAACUCUAUGUAUCCCCCGAUCGGUUUGAUUAUCGCAGAUGAAGGACAUCGCCUAAGAUCCAUUGAGGCCAAGACGACGCAAGCUUUAAGAUCCUUGAAGACCAAGCGACGCGUAGUUUUAUCUGGCACCCCCAUCCAGAACAACCUGACGGAAUAUUAUGCGAUGGUUGAUUUUGUUAACCCUGGGAUCCUGGAUGACUAUCGCACUUUCAAGAAGAAAUUCGAGCAACCGAUACUCAAGAGUAGGGAGCCUUGUUGCAACCCAGUUCAAAGAUUGGAAGGCGAGGCUCGUGCAGAGGAACUGGCAAAAAUGAGCCGCCACUAUGUUUUACGAAGAGGCUCCGAAGUGAUUCAAGAACACCUUCCGCCCCGCCAUGAUUAUUGUGUAUUCAUCUCGCCCACCACUGUCCAAAAAAACAUUUAUGAAGCUGUGUUAGAUUCGCCGGAAACCAGAGCUAUUUUCUCGGGGGACAUUAGCCAGCAUCUCGUCCUGAUGAAUACUUUGAAAUUACUCUGCAACUCGCCUGGAUUGCUAAUGAACGAAUAUUCAAUUAAGAGCUUGGGUCAAAUUUCUUCCACAUUAUUCCCGGCUUGGGUAACUCGUGAUGAUGUCCAACUCUCAGGCAAAUUGAUAGCCUUGGCUAAGUUUUUAGCGAUCCUGAAAAAUAAGAACGAAGAGAAAAUUAUUCUAGUUUCCAACUUUACGAAAACCCUUGAUAUCGUUGAGAGUCUUUGUAAGGCGAGCCACUACUCAUUUUGUCGCCUGGAUGGUAAAACCGCCCAAAACCAGCGAGACAAUAUUGUCCAGGUCUUCAACCGAUCGUCCCCUAGCGCCCAAUUCAUUUUCUUGCUCAGUAGCAAGUCUGGAGGAGUUGGAUUGAAUCUUAUCGGGGCCUCAAGGUUGAUCUUAUUUGAUGGGGAUUGGAACCCAGCAACAGACUUACAAGCAAUGGCACGCAUAUGGAGACAGGGGCAGAAAAAGCCCUGCCAUAUCUAUCGCUUUCUCACUACUGGCACAAUUGAUGAAUGCAUUUUCCAGCGGCAAGUGACAAAAAUCGGUUUAGCAACAGAUUUGAUGAAUGCACCCGAAGCUGGCGAGGAAACUGGUGGUGGUGGUAACACAUUCACGAAAAGCGAACUCAAGAGGGUUUUUGAACUACACAGCGAUACAAACUGUUAUACACACGACUUGCUUGAGUGCCAGUGCUUGGAAAACAAAUCAGUCGAAGCACCGGAGGAAUGGAAGGAUGAAGACCAAAUCGAAGAGCCUGUGGCCUUUCUGGACCAAGCGGAUUCUGAAGGCUCGCUUCCCGACUUAGACUCGAUCGGAUUCUUACCUGCAUCUAAGUUUAAACCAUUAGACAAAAAAGAGGAUGCGUUCAAGCUCAAGAGAAAGUUGGCUGAAUUGGAAAAGUGGGUUCAUGUCGAUGCUACUGAUCCAAAAUCGGUGGAUGAGUUAGAGGACGAGAUUCUUAGUCAGACUGUGUCGGCGUUGAAUCCCAAGUUAACCAAGAACAUCGAUGAGUGUUCCAAAGAUGAUCAAACAUCCAAAGAUGGGAUAGUUACAUUCAUCUUUAGCAAAUCAAUCGGAUAG